AUGAAGGCUUACGGUAUCUUUAUCUUUGCUUUGUCCCUUGCUGUGGGCGUAACCGCUCAAGGGGCCACAAACGAGGUCGCCGCUGAGGUGACCGCGCGAGAUGUUCAAAUGCCCUACCUUGACAAGAGGACAGUGAAGCUCCUCCGCAGAAAGAGCUCGAGCAGCAAGGGUAGCAGCAGCUCCAGAAAGAAGAAUGACAGCGGUUCCACAAGCAAAGUUGGGAAUUUUUGCACUAGCGGGCUCAGCAUUGGAACCUGCAGAUUUGACGGCUCGUGCGAUGCAACUGAUAGCCACGACCUCAAUGCCUCCUGCUUUUAA